UGCAUGUUGCUCUAUGAUCCCAGAAAGAGAACGUAGCCACCCACAAUUUACUCAGCAUGGAUUACAGUCGGACCCAGAAUGAUGCGACACUAUAGCUCCCCCUUUCUGCUCGCGCAUAAUCUCUGCUCCUAUCCAAUUCUCCGCUCAUUCAUAUUUGGUCCUCCGGAAGUAUCUACAGCUCGGGUAAGCCAGUGUCUAUGCACAGUGACUCAUAUGGGUGGAGUAUGUAGUUUAUUAUCCAGUUUAAAAUGUAUGUACAUUAUACCGGACGCAUCUCACACCUGUUAUAUUUAACGUGCGUAUUUCCAGACAGAUCGUUUCUGAAAUAAAUUACCAUAUGUUGACAAAGUUUACUACAUCGUUUUUUCUACGCUGCCUGCGCUCCCUGCAGGGCUCGAACCCAAGACUAAAAUGGCUGGUUGUGGGUCCGAGUCAGCAAAAAGGCAGUUGUGCCAUAAAUAUUCAUAUUUUAAAGAAAUAACGCGCCGUCUUUUGAACACAAGAGAGCUUACAUUUUACUUUAUAUGCUGUUACACACUGUCCCAGGUUCGAGUGUCGUGUUCAUGGAUGCACAGCCCAGCCAAAAGACAGGCUUUGGUUAUUCGAACCUCUGACUGCGCGUAAUGGCGUCCCCCAUGAACGGUGACUGUUUUUAUUCUAACACAAAUGCAAGGAUGGAAAAGGGUUCGAAAGAAAAAAAUAUGUUGACAGUAGCAUGAUGUCCACCCAACCUCGUUGUCUAAAGAAUGUGUUCAUUUGAUUUAGGCUAUGCAUGAAACGACAAUCUGAAAGCGAAAGAUAAAAUAGUCUUUACCUAGGAUGGUGUAAUUUCGCUGACAUCAUAUUCUCUCGAACCCGUCGCUGCAGACUGUCGCGUUGAUGCUGUGGGAUAUUGUUGACUUUAAAGCCUGAUUAAAACAUGGUCCAAAAUGGAUUCUCAACGAAUGGUGAUUCUGACCCGUGGUGGCUCAGAUGAUAGCUGCGUUGGCCAAUCCUUGAAGAGGUCAGGGACUGUGCCAAAUAUCCUUGAGGAGCCAGUGGACCUAUCCCUGCUCUUAUCCUGCCCUCUAGCAGGUAACCUCCAGUCAUGUUCCCUUAAACAGACUUAUCGCCAAUCAAACUGCUUCAAGACCAAACAAGGAGGAGGGCCUGGGGAGGAGCCCGAUGUGGCUUUGACUUCACAGCCAGCGUUACGGGAAACAGGUGACAUCUGUGGCCUCAACCAACCAAUUACAGUCAAGACUGGACCUCCUGGUGUGUGCGAACCGCCAGUGAUAAUUACAUUAGAUGUUCCUGGUUUGUGUGACAGGCCAAUUACAGACUCCGCAUCUCUCAGCAGUACCAAAGAUGUCCCUCACUUGAAUUCAAAAUGGAGUUUGGAACCCAGGGCUGUUUCAUUGGAGACCAGUUCAAAUGGCCUGACCCCUGCUGCAGUAACUGUUGAGGGGGAGAUUGGGGACCAGUCUACUGAAGCCAUGGAACACAGUGAAGAAGCCCUUUCCACAAGGAAUGAAGGCAGAAGACGGCACGGGAAACGGGGAGAGCGAUGGUACUCAGAUCAGGAAUGGUAGUCCCAUUCUCCUCCAAAUGCCUCUCAUCUGCCACACAGCCAAGGCAGAGGGGGCUGGAGGGAAGAAGGGAGAUGAUCAGAGGCUGACCCCUCCUCUCCAGCCCCCUAGUAGAUGUCUCAGUGGAAAUGGGCGACCAGCUGAGGAGGGUGGAGUAGAGAGAGCGGAAGCAUGGAAAGGAAGAGGGGAGAAGAAACAGGAGGAAGGGGGAGUAGCGUUAGAUCUGAGCUUGCCCAAAAAGAGGGAGAGCAAAGAUAGAAGGCUUUGGCAUGAGAGCUCACUGCUUAUGGAGGUAGAUGAGGUAGAGGGGGAUGGCGAUAGGGAUGUAGUAGAGGAAGAUGAUGGUGAUGAAUAUGAGUCUAUAUUGAGAAUAGAUGGAGCAGACAUUUUGGGUGGACCUCUCUUGUCUCCUACAUUUUGCUCUACAUCCAUGUUCCCCUUCCUUUCUUCCCUAGACUCAGACUGUGAAGGACUUCUCCUGAUAGACGACCAGGGUAUUCCAUACACACUCACCCCUGAAGGACACAAAGUGCCCCAGAUAGACCAGUUGAAACGUGCCAGUCCCCAGACAGGUCAGUCACUGGCGCCAUCAAACUCAGUGGUGGUGUCGUCUGACAUGGCCGCUCCAGGGGCCACCCAACUCAGCCAAAGUUUAGUCACCCCCCCCACACACAACCACAACUUGUGUCCUGCUCCUCUAACCUCCACUAACCCCUCACAGAAUGAAGAACACAUGAAAAAUACAGAACCUUUAACGACUACAGAACUGUCUCAGAAUGUGGGUCCCUGUAAGGUUGUAGACUCGGAUGUGAAAGCUGUUUGUGAGGCUAGGGUUAUGGGUUCUGUUCUUCCCCAUCCACCCACACAUCCCAUUCAGAUCCUCCCCUCAUCCUCCCUCCAGCUGUCCACUCCCCUGGCCAAGACUGACACCAACCCAGGCCUGGCCUUCACCCUUCCCCUCUCUCUCAUCCAGAACUCCCCCGGUGCUUCCGCCUCUAUGCUCCUCCUCCUCUCCACCUCCACCUCCAGUCAGUCCUUCUCCACCUCCACCCCCAUUGCCCUUAUUGACCCCUCCACCGGUCAGCUCUCUCAAAUCACCGCCUCCUCGUUAUCCUCUCUUUCUCUUUCAUCCCCUCUUCCUCUCUCAGUGUCUCCUGGUCAGAUUGUCACAUCAGAGUCCUCCCUCCCUGCCGUUCUCUCCCAGCCUGUCAUUAGAGGGCCACCUGACAACCCUGUUGCCGUCCUGUCAAGAGUGACACCCAGCAUGAACCCAGUCACACCCCUGACCCCCUUCUCUGCUGCCUCCUCUACCCCCAAGCAGCCCAUUGCUGAGGAGAGCUCUAAUGCGCUCCCUGUCAACUCACCUCUGAUCACACGCUCCUCUGAGUCCGACCCUGAUCCCCAGUCACUGUCCACGGAAGAAAAGCAAAUGGUGACUACCCCAAAUAGAUCACCUCCUACUAACGCCUCUCUCCUUACACACCCACAAUCCCCCUCUAUGACCUUUGACCCCAGUAUAGAGGCAGUCAACCAAUCAACCGCCCCGGAGUCGGAACGCUCCUCCCUUCCAUGGAACGACCAUCUGUACUUCUCUUCCACUGCUCCACCCUCCCCUCCCCUUGUAACUGUUGUCCCCUCCGGCACACCCAGGAACCUGGAACCCCUUGACCCUCUGGACCUCGUCUCUCCAGGGUCCCCUCCCUCCACCGGGCCACGGAGGGUCCUUUACUGCCCUCUCUGCCCCAGAAUCUUUUACUAUGUCUCUGAUCUGGAGCGCCACUCCAUCACCCACUCACAAAACAAACCUCACGUUUGUCUGCAGUGCGGCAAGGCCUUCAAACGAUCCAGUCACUUGCAGAGACACAAUCACAUCCACACAGGGCAGAGGAACUUUGUGUGCCCCAUCUGUUCCAAGCGCUUCCGGGAGGCCGGGGAACUGCAGCGCCAUCAACGGGUGCAUACGGGGGAGAAGCCCUACCAGUGCUCUCUGUGCCACACACGCUUCGCCGAGCGCAACACCCUGCGGCGACACACGAAACGCAAACACCCUUACCACCAGGCAGCUGUGGACAUGCUGACUGAGGGAGGAGACGGGAGGGGAGCAGGAGAAGGAGAGGAGGAGACAGAAGAGUGGUAUAGUUCCACGGUGUCUAACUUGGAAAACUCAGACUCAGAACCGGAUUCUGAGGUCAUUUCCUGAUUAUGAUCCAUUUGAAUGAAGUUAAGCGGACGAGGAGCAGGUGAGGUUAGGAAAAAGGUGCUCUUCCAUAUUGAAUGGUACUUUCCCAUGGUAACAUGGGUCAUUUUGUUUUAUAUUGUUUAUUUUCUUGCAUGUAUUCUAUUGUCAUCUUGUUACAUGGUCCAAAAUGAUCUCACAAAUCAUUCCCCAUAAAAUAUUCCUCAUUUCCUGUGCGCUGGGUUGUAAAAUGUUUAUGUCCCUUCUAAAAAGCUCACACUUUCAAAAUAUGCCAUAAAAGAACAUUUGCACUACCAAAGUACUUAAAAUUAUGUUAUAAAAAGUACAGUCACUAUGUUUUACUGUAAUAUUGUUAAUACAUAUAUAAUAUGUUAAUACCAGAAUGCUUCAAUUUGUCAUGUGAGAAAUGCACUUAAUAUUAAGGGAGAUCAUUUCAUUUUCUGACUGUCAAUAGACACUGUGAAUCACUUGCACUUUUGAUUUAGCUUCUCAAAACAGUAGCCACCAAUUUGCUUUUUUACAUUGUAUUUAGGUUUGGAUUUCUCCGGCCUUAAAAUACGGUGGCUUCAUUUAUUAAAUGCAUAAAACAGAAAUCG